AUUUUGUCCAAUUUCUCCACCAACAUGCUUCUCUUUGAGCUCCUUCAUCUCAAACUUGUAGAACAUAUUAAUACAUCAAAGAAGCAAAAACGUAGAAGUCAAACAAGCGGAGAACGCAGAGAAAAACUUGGACAAGUUUCUUGCUUUUCUAGGGUGUGUUUAUUCUAAUGAUCGCAGUUUUACUCAAUAAUUACUUCGGCAGUGUUCGGAAAACUAUUGAUGAGUCUAGUGGAAUUCAUGGUAAGCUGGAUAGGGAAAAGUUGGGUCCACCACAAAAGUCUCGCCAGUUCUUGUGGAUCGGAAGUUCUUCAUCUGCGGCGGUUUCGGCUGGUAGCGGUUGCAUAGGAUCCACUAGUCUUGGACCGGUACCGGGCCGAUCGGGCCGUGAACCGGCCCGGCCCGCUACUGUGUGGGCCCGAACCGGACCGGUGUUCAGGUACUGGUUCGGGCCUAGGCCCGGACCGGAGAGUGUGGCGGGACGGUUCCGGGACUAGAUUUUGGUGACCGGGUCGGGUCGGGCCCGGGCGUAACGAUGGAACGUGGUAGAGCUUCGGUAGAUAUGGGUAACCUCAAUCGCAACCGAAAAAAAGGAGAUUGCGAGGAAUCAUCCAAGUUCACGCAAAGGUAAAGGACGGGCCAGGUCUUCUUCUAAAACCCGAGAUGAUUUUGAAACGGAUUACUAACGGAGAGAUGCGGAUUGCGUGUCCGAGGAGCAACUACAACAACUAUUGGAGCAACAACAUGGGCGUUUUUUCCAACAACAAGACAUCCCAAGAACCAUUGACGAAGAAGAGCUCGAGGAUUAGGAUGCGGAGGAGGGCGAUCCGGCGAUGAGGAGGGCGAUCCGGAGACCCACGAAGAGGAGCCUAGUUAAUUUCGCAAAGUGGAAAGACCCAAAAACCGAGAAAUGGUACGCAAUGUUUAGAUUACUAUUAUGCUUCGUUUUUUUUGUCCAUUUCCUAUGUACGAUGAUAAGGCCAUAGACCCUAAACAAGAAUACCAAGAGGUUAGUAAUUUAUUAUUUCAAUUAUUUAAUGAGUUUCAUGCACAAUAUGGUAACGCACCCCCUCCCCGACACGAACAUCUUCAUCUAAAGGAAAAUCAUUUUUUUAAAUCAACAUUUGGCAAUCUUAUGAAAAAAAGUAAAGCAACUCCUGUUGUUGAACAAAGCUCAGUUAACGAGCUUUCUUUAUAUCUAACAUUUCCUGUUGAUUUUGAAGAAGAUGAUGACUUUGACGUUCUAAAGUGGUGGAAGGAUAAAGAAAGAACGUUCCCGAUUUUAUCAAAGAUGGCUAAGCAAGUGCUAUCAAUGUUGGUUUCAACAGUUGCCGUGUAACAAGAAUUUAGUGCGACCGACAACGUUCUAACAGAUUAUAGAAUGAGAUUGAGCGCAAACUCUCUUGAGACGCUUGUUUGCUACCAUGAUUGGUUGAAGGCCCAACAUAGAACUCAAGAACUUAGCAUCACCCUCACUAAACACUUUAUGGAGGAAACAACAACUGACGGUCGCGGAGAUUCCGAUUGAUUAUUUGAUUAUUCUUUAUCACUUUACACUUCAUGUUUUAAUUUUUUACGUAAUUGUGAAAUGUAGACUUGUAGUUCAUAUAUCAAAUAUUA